ACAUACUGCACGUCAGACGUACGAAAGGGGGCGCUUUACAAAAAGGAAUCGCAACGACAAAUGGCGACUUGACAACGGCAAGCUGUUCUCUCGUACCGCACAGAGCCGUUCAUCAUUCAGAGUUUGUGAAUAUAUAUAGCUGCCAUGGACCGUUAAACCAGUUUGUGUCGACACUCGAGUGGUUAUUGAACCAGCUUCUCUGAGGACUCUAUCAUGUCGUCGUCUCUCCAGCAGUCGCUAUCACCACGUGUGAUACCUCUCCUGAAAGACUCGCAGCAAACACCUAAUAAGACACCACAUGCUCACAUCUCCAAGUAUGCUGACCCUAAGCUGCUCUCAUCAACAUGGGCAUUGGAUAUCAGAAAGGAAAUUGACCAGCUUGAGGGGAAUGGUCAGCGGCCGGACAAUUCCUUGGUCAAUGACCUGAUCACAGAACUCAGUGCUGCAUUCAUAUCAGCCUUACAGAGGAACAGUCGGAAUCAGUGGCUUUACCUAGCAGAGGUUCUAAGGAUGUGCAUGCCGUAUUCUCAAUACCUACAAGAUGAUGACCAGCUCAAGCACUAUGUGAAUAGGAUAUAUUACCAAGGAAGACAGUACAACACUCCAACUGCAGGAUCAGAUCUAGAUGACUUGGUGGCCAAACUCUUCCCAAAAGCUGUACUAGCAUUGAAAUCUACAGGAGGAGAUGCCAAGGAUUAUCGUAACCCUCUCACCCCUGCUAGGUCACCCACCGGCACAUCUCCCAGAUACAACCCACUCUCAAUGUCUCUACCAGAUGGAGCAGAUCCCUAUACGCUGGAAAGACCAGGAGAUGAGGAGAAGCACACUCCAAGAGGCAUCAACCUGGGGCACAUACGGGAGGUCCUCCCAUCGGUUGUCAUGGAAACCACUAGACAUGAGGCUGUUUGGAGCGAAGGCCUUGGUUUGACAGCUGCGGCCAUGAACAUAGACCUCAACGACAAGGUGCCUUCUCCGCGCAUACCAGCACCCCCGCCCAGGCUUCCGGACUCUUCUUGGAAAGUUAAAGGGCCCCCUCUACGUCAAGAAGACCUGGCAGUCAGUGAAGCUGCUGAAUCGGAACUAAGUGAGGUUGUUCCGCUCACCGGCAAAGAGGUCGUGGAGAUGUUUGGCAAAGGUCGUCACCUUGGCAACGCCAAAUUCAUCUAUCUGAACCGUACCCCAACACGACACUUCAUGCCCUACGAGUUCACCGUCGUGCCCAAGCACAAGGCCAACCCCAAUGAACACUGGAUCGUGUCGUGCUUCGGAAUCAUGCACAAGGUCAAAGGUCAACCAGCAAACAGCAUGAACCUGUAUGACUGGCACAGAGAAGCUGUCCUGUGGGGUAUCCUGACUAAGAUUCCAUUCUUCAAGUACUACCUAGUUAGGAAGUUAUUCAAUAGAUGGAGGUCUGGUAAGAAGCACCAGGAGUUCUGUAACAUCAGGAAGAGGGUCCAUGAGAGUCUCCUGCUGGCUGUACCAGGGUUUGGAGCUGCCUCCAUCCAGAUCUCCAAGCUCCUCCAAGAGCUAGGCACCGUACGCUUUCUCCCCCUGGAGCUCGACCAUUGCUUCACCCUACCUGAAUUUGAACACAGGACUAAGAUGAUGUACAAAGCUGGCCAGCAGAUCCUGAACAAGUUCUUUCACUUUUUGAAAUUGAUCUUGGAUAAAGCCUGUGAGGACUCCUAUGAGAUGCUGGACUUUUGCAAACAACAAACCAAGAAGGACAAAGCCCUAUUUUCCAAGGAGUCAUUGUUUGUGCAGAGACAGAAGAAAGAACAGAGAGAAACCAACCUACUGAAAGCACAGAAUGAAACUAAGCGUCUUGGGAACUUUGUUCUGCUGAUCGAUCAGAUCCUAGUUUGCCAUCUUCUUGCCUUGAGCCGGUACAACAUCUGUACCUUUGUCAGGCACACCAUGGUGGGGAGCAUCGAUGCGCCCCGGGAAGCCCUCUACAGGGCCAAGCUAAACUUUACAAGUAAAGGAGCGUUGACUCUGUACCCAUCCAAGCAAAUGUUCUUGGAUACAGUCGAUGCAAUCCUCGUCAAGCUAGCAGACAUCAUCAGUGAUGCAGCCAGGCCUAUUGAGGAGGUGACGGCUGGAUGGAUUGGAAACCAGCGAGAAAAACUCUUCCACAAAGAUGAGGAGGAAGAGGAAGGUCGAUCCCCUUCUAAAUUGUCGGUCAAAGAUGGUGCUUCGCUUCAGAGAUUGAUUUCUACAGCAGCAGAACGACUCCAGGAACCUCUCUUGGUUGAGCAAAAAACUCCCAGGAAGGAGUCUGACAACCUAGGGGUCGCGACCCCCGAACUCUGCAAGAAGACCGACCUCCAGGAGGACUAUGUGGUCGUUGGAGAGCGCAUGGUUGGACAGUACAACCCGCUCACUGAAGGGAGUCUGGCAGACAGACUAUUGGCAGAUGAGGAGAUAUCAUCGGCCAGAGAGCUAGAAACAGAGAUCAUCACAGCGGCCUUGGAAGAAAUUGAUAGUUUCUGUGACGACCAUUCGUGGCUUGCUGAUAUCCACCGCUUUGCUCGCAAGUGGAACAAGGAUGCUGUCAUGCAAUGGAAAAGAGCACAGGCUUACAGCAUAGAGACCAAACUAGGUGAGAUCCGUGACUGGUGCGAUCAAGUGAAGAAUGCGGACCGCAGCUUUGUGACCCAGAACGGACUCUUCCAUGUCGACUGCGGGGCCAUCCAGGAAGACCUCGUCCCUCUUCUCAACAACGCAUUCAGGGAUCUUCUCAACUUCACGGCCAGUGAGGCCAAGAACCUCUCUGUGGAGUUCAUGACUGAAGUCAAAGGCGUGGUGAUGGGUAUGAAAGAGAAGACUUCCGAUGUGAAAGCUUUUGCUGACUAUGCCCAGCAGUACAACAAGUACAAGAUUAAGAUGCCUGAGCUACAGAAAGAAGUAGAAUAUGUCAAGUCUCUAUUUGAGGUGAUCCGUCUGAGCUACCGUUCAUUGACUCCGGAGGAGGAGAAGUGUGAGGAAGGGGUGUGGCAGAGCUGGGAGGCCUUCCUUCUUCAGCUCCAGGAUGCAGCAGAGUUCGUCAACAUGCAGACCCCCAUCCAAAUUGGCGAUCUUGAUGAAACCUACCAGCAUCUAUACAGUGAAGCCAAGAGGAUCUCAAGUGAGGCUUCUAAAGGUAUUUUCUUGGAUCCAUCUCAGAACCCCAUGAUGAUCUUGGACAAGCUCACUGAGCUCUUUGAAAAGUUCACCUCAGUGACCACUAGAAUCAACGAGUGUAGCCAGCACAAGUUCAAGAUCACCGGUCAGAACUACAAUGCAACCGAGCUGACCGCUAUGCUCCAGGCCAUGACCGUCAGGUCCAAACUAUGGAAGUUUGUAGAGGUCACGACAGGUGGCAUUAUGGAUUGGAAGUACAUGCUUUUCAGAAAGAUGAACGUGGCUAAAGCUAUGACAAAGGUGACGGACUGGCAGCAGGCUGCCGGGCAGCUGAAGCAAGUGUUGCCCCAGGGUGACCUGGUACUGGCCCAUUGGUACCAGCUACUCUCAGACUUCAAGGAAGACUUGCCUCUUCUACUCAAGCUAUCCAGUGAUUGCCUUAAGUCUCGGCAUUGGAAGUCCCUCUUCUUGGCAUUGGGGCAGUUGUACGAGCCUGGGCGUCAGUAUUACGUCCGGGAACUCCUCUCCUACAAUCUGAGUGAACACAGCUUUCAGAUCAAUACCAUUUGUGCUGGGGCGACGGCAGAGUUUGAUCUGGAGCAGAAACUGGUGAAGCUCAGGAAGGUCUGGGAAGAGAAAGAGUUCAAACUUGCCAAGUACAUCGCUCCAGGGAAGGAAACGUUUGACUUUGAGAUGAGUGACAAGAAAGGUGGGAGGAAGUCAAUGCCUGAUAUGUUCACACUGAUUGGACAUGAACAGCUCAAGUACCUUCUAGAGGAUAACCAGCUGACUCUUCAGAGCAUGCUUGUGUCCCCUCACCUGGCUGACCUUCGACCUGAAGCAGAUUCCUGGGCAUUGACCCUCAGACAGGUGGAAGACGUGUUGGAGCUAUGGACCGUCUGUCAGAAGAAGUGGUUAUACCUAAGCCAGGUAUUCUCUGAUGAGAUUGUAGGAGAGAGCCAGUCAGAUCUAGCCAAGCAGUUUGAGGGUGUCGACCAGAAGUACCAGGAGUUCAUCACGACCGUGGUUGAAGACCCAAAGGUCCUGUCUGUUCUGAGUAAGAGAAAGGGCACCAAGGGAUACCGAGAGCUGCAGGGAGAUAGUCUGACCAAACUACUCAAUAACCUCAUCAGAACCCAGGAUGAAGUUCUAGCCAACCUGGACCCAUUCUCAGCCACCAAUUACUCCAUUGAAACGGCGCGUCUGAAGUACCCACGUCUUUCCUUCCUCAGUAAUCAUGAGCUCAUCGAUCUCUUCUCGAAUUUCAAGGACAGGGCUAGGUGGAUCCCUCAAGUGAGGGCGCUAUUUCCAGGAGUCCGUCAUUUAGACUUUGAGGCUCCGUCGAGCUCUGAAGAGGGCAUGAGUGCCCUUGAUCUGCUGUUGAAUGCUGACAAGCUUGAAGUGACGGCCCUUCGAGGGUGUUUUGAUGAACGUCUGAGCCUAAUCUCUCCUCUACCUUCCAAGCCCUCUCCUCCCACCUGGAUCAACUCACUGGAGAUCUCUAUCAAGACUACCAUGGGAAAUACACUGCACUCAUGCCUGGAGUCAAGGCUAAGAGAAGGCAUGGUGACUGGAGAUAUCCUGUCAGAGUUGAGUGCCUUAGAAGAGAACCCCACAGCAGACCCUGACGUAGAGGCUCAGCUUAAGAAAGCCGUUCGUCAGAGCUUCUCGCAAUGGCUGCUUCGUUUCCCCUCCCAGUGUGUGCUUACAGGGGAAGCGGUGAUGUGGAGCAGAGAUGUGCAACCAGCUGUCAAAGAGGGCGAUCUUAAACAGCUUGCUCAGAUAAGGGAUAAUCUACAGAGGCGUCUUGAUCAGUACAGCCUGAUCUUGAGAGAGAACUGCCAGUCUCAGGUGUCGUCAAACUCUGCAGCUCGUCUUCAGAUUCUGAUUGGUUCGUUGAUUGAGCAAGGCAUGCACCAUCGAGACAUUGUAGAAGAUCUUUUGAAGAAGAAAGAGCUGUCCAACAAGGAAUUUGACUGGAAGAAGCUGCUGCGCUACGACAUGGACUUCAAGACAGUCUUGUGUGCUCAGUCAGUGGUGGAUCCUGACCAGGAGACUGGGAGGGAAGCUACUAAGUCCACGAUUACCAUGACCGAUGAUGUUUCAACGAUAACUGAUAAACCACAAACACGAGAAGCUGCUUUAGGACCUCGUACCAAGACCGUGGUAGGGACAGGUUUUGCGUUCGGGCCUCUGCGGGUGUCCCAGCUGGGAGCCACUUUCUCUUACGACCAUGAGUACCUGGGGCCUGGGCCUCGCCUUGUGGCCACUCCGUUGACCGACAGAUGUCAUAUGAGCUUGACCACUGCAAUGAGGCAGAGACAGUGUGGUGCGGUCAUUGGUCCAAAUGGUGUGGGAAAGACGGAAACAGUCAAGGAACUGGCAACUUUUAUGGGACAGAAUCUAGUCACAUUGGACUGUGCAGUGGACAGCAGUAUCGUGACGGUCAGUAGGUUCCUAGCAGGAGCGGUACAGAGUGGUUCCUGGAUGCUCUUAGACAAUGCUGACAGGAUGACACAUGGUCUUAUGGCAGUGAUAAGUCAACAGUUGGAGUAUUUAUGUCAUGCUUAUCACAUUCUGCAAGAUACAAGCUCCCUCUACAGUCACAAAGGAGCCAGUAAACAUGACUACAAGAUUCCUGAAACCAGUCCCAAGAGGAGGCACUCCCUAGCAACGCUUCACUCCUACCAAGUACGGGAUGAAAGCCACACCCAUCGACCAACAACAUUUCCAUCAUCUCCAAAUGAGAAGCAUGGACCAUCCGAGUUUGACGACGUGUUAGGAGACGAGGAUGAAGGAUGCGAUGUGGGUCAGUUUGGGAAACGACGCCACUCCAUCUCAAAAGCCCAGUGUACACGUGGAGACCACUAUGACAGUGAUGUCCCAACCGUCCCUCUCUUUGUAGAGAUGCAGGGACCUGCGAUGAUCAGGCGCCCAGCUUCUCGGGACAGUCUUAUGGACUCUCUAGAGUUCAGUCCCCUGCAGCAAUGGAGCUACAAACCCGAGCACUGUGGCUAUGUCAACUUUGACUCCAGGAUGGUCCUAGGCAACGUCAACUACAACUGCUUCAUGACGGUCAACGCAGGAGAUGCCCUUGCGAAUCCAAUCCCUGAUAGCCUUAAGAACUCUAUGCGACCUGUUGCCAUGGUAGUGCCUGACCUGAGCAUCAUCCUAGAGACCGUUUUGAUCUAUAAUGGAUUCCUAGAAGCACCCAUGCUAGCUGCCAAGCUGUGUCAGCUCUGCAAGAUGAUCAAAAACGGGUUCCCUGAAGAAUCUGAUUACCACUUCAGUGUUGGAACCCUGAAAGGCAUCAUCCACCUAGCAACCUCCAGGCUGUACUCCAAGAGGAGACGUUAUCAGCUAUCAGCUAGGAGCAGUGUCAAUGAGAUGUCUAGACAAGCCAGUGAAGUUGAAAUCUUGGAGCCUGGUAAGGGAGAUGACAGUGACUUCAUCUCUGGUCUGGAGCAGGACGACCUCCAUCGGGAGGAGUGUGCCCUGGUCUUUGCCCUCCAGCUGUUCCUGACCCCACGCACCCGUUCCCUGGACCACGCCACCACCCUCAGGAACACCCUGCGUAGCCUCUUCCCCUGGGGGAUGGGCAGGCUAGGGAGGGGGUUGGGGGCGGAGCACGACCCGGUCCUGGUGGAUGCCAUUCAGAGCCAGUUUGUGGCCGACAGCCUACAGGCGACGCCUCUCCAUGUAUCCAAGGUUCUAGAGCUCUAUGAGUCCCUGCGGUGCAAGUCGGGUGUGGUCCUGGUAGGCUUGGCAGGGAGUGGCAAGACGGUGUGCUACCAGACCCUCUGUAGGGUUCUCAACAGUCUUCAAGCUAACCCCCCUACUCCCGAUGGGGGACCCACUGCCCCCAUGCAUGGCCCCAAAGUACAGGGCUUGGAGGGGAUUCCCCGCCAUCAGCUCUCCCAGCCGAUGGAGCGGUUACGACGUGCAGCAGAGGUGGUGUCUUUCAUUACCAUGCACUGGAUGGACACCGCAUCCCGUGGAGCAGAGAAACCAUCCUACCCAAGAGUGGAUUCCUCCGUUAUCUACCCAGCUACUCUCUCCAUGAAAGAGUUGAUUGGUGAGUUUGACCCAACCAGGCACCGUUGGAGGGAUGGCCUGGUCACCUCCCUUAUCCAUGACUCCGGUCAGUCCAUGCAGACCGCCGAGGAAAUGCAGAAAGAACUCCAGGAGAACAAGAAGAAGAACGCCAAGGGAAUGCUCAACCCUCCAACGAUCAUCCAGAAAUGGGUCGUCAUGGACGGGGUGAUAGACCCCAGGUGGGCGGAGACGCUGGCCGGUCUGAUUGGGACAGGGCGUGGCAUGGCCAGUGGCAGAGGAAGGACCAUGUUGUCCAGUGGUGAAAGGCUUCCUAUGCCCGACUGUACUUCACUGAUAUUUGAGACCAGCACAGUGACCAAUGCGUCUCCAGCCACUAUGGCCAGGUGUGCGGUCAUCCACUUUGGCCCGAAUGUGGUCAGCUGGAAGUCCCUGGUCGAAUCCUGGUUUUCAGGGGCUCAAUCCUUCUGGGAGAUCAGCAACAACAGUUUGCAGCUUCUGCAAAACCUGAUAGAUGACACCUUCGCCCGUACCCUAGACUUCCUCUCUAACACCCACUGUGUCCCCGCCCUGGAGUCGGACCUCCCUAGGGCGGGAGAGUCGGGCCAGCGCACCGGGGACGGGAUCAGAGAGGUGGGGUCGUUCCUACGCAUUCUGACUGCCAUGUGUGAUCAUCACCUUGUUCGGGAGAGAGGCGAUGGGAAUGGGGCUUCUGCAGCUCCCAGUGACAACAAACUGGAUGACCGAAGGACCCCCCACCCCACUCCCACACCCACCCCAUCCAUGAGUGUGUGCAGCAUGUCGAGACAUACAGCCAACAAGACCACCAUACUCACAUCCAUGUUCACGUUUGCCUAUGUCUGGGGAUUCGGUGGCCAUCUGCAUGAUAGGCAUGCUGAGAUGUUUGAUCAGUUUGCUCGUCAGCUCCUGGGACGUGCAACGCAUGACAUCAUCCUGCCUCCAGAGGGCACUGUCUAUGACGUCCACAUCGAUGCAAACCUUGGGAUCCUUUUAUCCUGGGCGGAUUCUAACAGAGAGAAGAUGAGAACUAUCAAUGCUAACUUCAUUGUCACACCAGAGGCCGAGAGGUAUUUUCAUCUACUGGACAUCUUAGUUGGAGCAAACCAACCUGUGCUCUUGGCCGGGGCACCAGGUAUAGGCAAGACAGCUCUCAUUCAGAAUAUGGUUCAACCAAGGCACCAUUUCCUGUCCUUCGCCAUGUCCCCAGUCAUGGGCUGUGAGACGAUGGAGAAGAUGAUCGUCAGCAAGCUCCGCCCUAGUAGCUUGGUGAACGUAAGCUCCCAGCCGACGAAGCCAGGUCAGGUGACCAACGACCCGCUCUUCUUUAUCGAUGAUCUUAACUGUGCUGGCAUGGAGAAGACAACAGGGGAGCAACCAUGUAUGGAGCUUCUUCGCCAGCUGAUGGCCGAGGGUAGCAUUUAUCAACGCGACAACCUCUCGCAUUACUCCCUGGAGAAGACUAACUUCCUCGCCGCGUGUUACCCUCCGGGUACGCAGGGUGUCGGGAGCGGCGUCUCGUGCCACAGCCUCAGCUCCAGGCUGGCCAGGCUCUUCGUGGUCCUGACUUACUUCACGCCCUCCGCCGAGUCCCUCAAUCUCUUGCAUGCUGGGAGCCUUCAGAGCUGGCUGGAGGAGUUUCCCGCCUACUCCCUCAACCACCACUAUGAACUUGCCCAGGCUAUCUUAAAGGCCACCAUCAGCCUGCACUCUCUAAUCAAGAGACAGCUGAUGACUAGCCCCGUCAACCCCCACUACGUCUUUUCUCUCCAUGAUGUCAACCGUAUCGUCCAAGGCAUGUUCCUCAUGGCCAGCAGGUCAGGCAGGUCAAAGGGCAGGCAUGGAAGGAGAGGUGGAGGUCAAAGGUCACAAGCUAAAGGAACCAAUCGAAGCCGGAGAGGGAGAACAGAGAAGCUCCAGAAAGAAGGUCCGCCGCCGAUGAUGAGAACCGUCAUUAGACUGUGGUGCCACGAGGCUUGUAGAACAUACUAUGAUAGAAUAGUGUCUAGAGAUGACCAAUCCUGGUUUCGGAAUACCCUGGAAGAGGUCAUUCAGACUCAUUUCUGUGGUGGUCCUCUUAAGAGAUACAGACCUAGCCCACCUCCCAUCCCAGUUCCAGAUCCUGUUCCAGAUCCUGUUCUAGAUCCUGUUCCAGAUCCAGAGAAAGGGGAGGAGACUGAGAUAAUCGAAGACCAGGAUGACUCCGCCCAACCAUCUACCCCUCCCUUGCCGGUCUCCCCUACACCCACAAUGAAUACUGCAACGGAUGAAGCUGAAGCACCAACAGAGGGCGCUACAGGGACCAACGAUGGGGACAAAGAAGUGUUUGAAACCAGCACCCCACCCCUCUCAUUUCCUCACACUGACACCCCUAUUGAUGUGAAUGGUGAAGGCCCGGGUGGAUUCGAUGCCGAAUCAGAAAUCAGCAUAGCAUCAGUGAGUUCUUUGGAUGUGCCUCUAGAGCUGAAACCAGAUCCUACCAGUACCCCUGCCCCGGUACCAGCGAUAGUCAUGGACCUAGCCCCAGACACAGAAAGCUCCCAGUCCCCGAGGACGUUCCAGCCUUUCCCCCCUCCUCCGAGAAACAAGGCCCUGCAGCCGACGCCCCCCUCCCAGCCCAUGGUACACCCUGCCAUCAAGAAGGAAGGGGAUGAUAGUAAGACAAAGGUGGGGCUCAAGAGAGGGGUGACGUUCAAACCAGGAUUGAUUCUUACCGAUGCAAAGGAGGAGGAUCUGGAUAUCUUUAAGGGACCAUUGAUUGAGAUGAGUCAGCUGAAAGAAACAGAUGAAGAUUUAUGUGCAAUAACCUUCGCCAAAUUUGUGCCUGGAAUCGGGAAAGAAGGAAACUAUGUGGAGUACACUGAAUCUAAGCUCCAAGCAGGACUAGAGAUAUGUCUAGCCCAGUACAAUGCGACCGCCCAACACAAGAUGGAGCUAGUCUUUUUCACAGAGUCCAUCAGACACAUCGCAAGGCUGACUAGAGUACUUGCAUCUGAAAACGCCAAUGCACUGUUGAUAGGUCUUACCAAUGGCACAGGACGUUCCUCCCUCACCCACCUUGCCUCCCACAUGGCCCGCUGUAAGCUCUACACCCCACAGCUGACCAGAGAUCCUGCUGAGAAUCGACAAAGGCUCCGGCACCAGAUGAAACGAGCCAGCAAGACAGCGGGGCUGGUCGCUAGGCCGGCCGUGCUACUGGUCAAGGAAGACAUCGGACCGGAAGUCAUGGAGGACGUCUGCUGUCUCAUUCAAGAAGGCACGUGUCCUGACCUGUUUACUGGUGAGGAACUUGAGUCCUUUGCCUCCCAGAUGUUGACUGGAGCCAAGGUGGUAGCAGGACAGCGGAACCAACGUCUUGAGAUGGCACAGGAGAGAUUCCUGAGGACCAUUAUGAAGAAUCUUCAUGUUGUGGUCUGCAUGGAUUGUCAGAAUCACAAUUUGGGAAGUCUUUCAGAUCGUCUGAGAAGGUAUCCAAUCCUGCUGAACUCCAGUCACUGUGUUGAUAGCUAUCUACCCUGGACUCAAGAGGGCCUGGCAAGAGUAGCGCAGCACUGGCUGAAGGUACCCACCAGAGAUGCUUACACUGAUAAGCGUAUUCGACUUCCCUGGCCCUCUCACUUCCAAGACCAAGGAGUGGAAGCGCUGUGCCAGGCCAUGGCCUACGUGCAUACCACGGCUGCAGCGACCACCGAGAGGCUCUAUGUCAAACCUUUCAAAUUCUUCACUCCGAGGAACUACCUGGAUUUCCUGGACCUCUUCAAGAACCUGACCUACAAGAUCACCAAGGAGGAGAGGGCGAAUGUGGAUAAGUUUGAAGAGGCACUGGACAAGGUGAAUGAGGCCUUUUCCAGCAUAUCUGAUUAUCAUGCCGAGAUUGCUGCCCUCAAUCCACAACACCAGAAGGCUAAACAACGUACGGAGCAGAUUCUGGAAGAGGUUCAUGAGUGCGAGCAGAUAUUUGCAGAUGCAAGGGGUAAUUGUACUGAGGAUGAAAAAGAGAUCACGGCACUGCAGGAACCUCUAAAUGACAUGAAGAAAGAAGCACAGGCAGAGCUAGAUAAGGUGAACCCUGUGUACGAGGCAGCUCUCCAUGCCCUAAGGAGCUUGGACAAGUCUGCCCUGAACGAGCUACGUACAUUCCAUGCUCCACCAAUCAAGGUCAUCAAUGUCAUCAAUGCUGUAUGCCUCAUGUUCAGACAACAGAUGAACUGGUCCAAUGGCAAGGUCCUCAUCAACCGGAAGAACUUCUUCCAGGAGCUUGAGUUCUACGACAAGACCGCCAUCCCCACUGACAUCUUCCACAAGCUCAACGUGCUCUUCAUCCAGGAUCCGACCUUUGACCCCGAGGUCAUCAAGACGGCCAGUGUCGCGGCCAGCUCGUUGUGCAUGUGGGUGCAUGCUGUCUAUGCCUAUGCCGUCAUCCAUCGCAACAUGAGACCCAAGCUGCAAGGCGUGGAGGAAGCAGAGGCUAAAGUUCAAGAGGCACAAGGUCAUCUUGGCAGCAAGCGAGUGAAGGCGCAGGACAUGAAAGGAAUUCUGGAGCAGAAGCGCAAGGAAUAUCAAGAGAGUAUCAGACAGGUCAAACUCUAUGAGAAGAAAAUGCAGACCAUUGAGACCAAGAUCAAAGUAGCUACAGAUAUGAUGGGCAACAUGGAAGAGCAGCACAAGAGCUGGAAGGACAGUCUGGACCUGUCUAACAGCCACCUCCAGACUGCUCCUGGUGACUCCCUCCUGGCAGCGGCCUGCACCACCUACAUGGGCCCAAUGGAUGAGACCACCAGAGCUCUGGUGCUUGCCGAUUGGCUGCAUGCCUGCAGUAAUGGGAGAUACCAAGUUGUACCGGGGAGGGGCAGCACGCCGAAUGGGAGGGAGAAUUCCUUUGCAGCAAGUCCUGCUCUGAAUGCGGCGCGAGAGGUCAAUGGUGUCCUACCUGACAACGACAGCCCUUCAGCAGAAGUUGAUCUUCCUCCGCAGCUGUCCAUCAUUGACGAGGACAACGAUGAUGGCAGCCACGGUUCGACGCCCAGGAGAGAACAGCCAGAAUCUGAGAUUAACCCUGCUGUACCCAUCAGACAGAAUUUCAGUGUAGAAGAUAUCCUUAGUGAUAAGGAAGAGCUAGACAACUGGAGGCACAGCAGCAGCGUGGUGUGCGAUCAGUUCUCAGUGGACAAUGCGCUAUAUACCCGUGCGUGUAUAAUCGGAAGACGGCGUCAGUGGCCACUCCUGAUCGACCCAGAUAACCAAGCUCUUAGCUGGAUAGUGCAGCUGCAGGAGAAAGGAUUGGCUAGUUUCCAUGAAAUUGUAUAUGAAGAGGAAGAAGAGGAGGAAUCUUUCGUCCAGGAUGGUGGUCUGGAGGAAGAACUGAACAACCCCCAGCUGACGGAGGAGCAUCUGAUGGAGAGCAGGAACCUGGAGAGUGUAGCGACCUCAAACUUUGGUCUGAGUAGGGCCGAUCAGAGCUCUCUUGGGGGAGAGACAGACUAUGGCACGGAGUUUCCUGAAACACCUAGGACACUCACCACGAAUGGUGGAGUAACUCCUAAGGACAACAUGAGCGAGAAGGACUUUGACAUCCACAGUAUGGGCACCAGCAACCACUCCAUGACAACCCAUCCCUUGUCCGUCGACCUCGACGGUGCACGACCCUUCUCUAACCUCUGGGUCGUGUCGGCCGACGACUUCCUGCUGGAAGAGAGGUUGAUCCAGUCCGUCGUAAUGGGACUGAGUUUGGUCGUCACGAACCUGGAAAGGAAGGACUUGGAUGUGAAGUUUAAUGACGUGUUGAGUAGGAAUGUAGUGGAGAAUGAGGAAGGGGAGAAGUCGGUGAGGAUCGGAAGCCACAUGUACAGCUAUAACACAAGAUUCCACCUCUAUUUGACAACAUCUGUACCUCUAGAGUUGGAUGGUGCAGGCUUCCUGAAGCCCCACACGGACCAGUUCUCUAUGAUUGACAUGUCGGUCAACCAGGAAGGAUUGAAGACCCUUCUCCUCAUCGACGUCAUGGAUGCGGAGAGACCUGACUUCGCUAACCAUCAACACUCUGUCAAGUCUGAUAUAAGAGGACAUAAUAAGAUGCUCCAAGAAACACAUCUGGAUAUUCUGAACAAAGUGAUAGAGUUGAACCAUGGUAUUCUUGAGGAUGCUGUAUGGGGCGACACCCUCACCACCCAUCACCAGACAAUCCAGGACACCAGCUCCAACCUCAAGGAGAGCUGCAACCUCCUGGAACAGCUCCUGGUAAAGCAACAUCCUUAUCAAUCCGUCGCAGAGCACGGUACCCUCCUAUACUCCACCAUCAAACGCAUCUGGCAGCUCCUCCCGACGUACUACAUCCCUCUCCGCCGGUUUAUUCGCUGGUACGCCAAGACGCUCCGUGCCCGCGAGAAGGACCGCACAGAUACCGCCUCGCUCAAGGCGCGGGCGGUGGAGCUCUGCAAUGCUCUCACGGAGGAGAUUCACGCUUAUCUUUCAUGCGGACUCUUCCAGCAUCACUCUGAUCUCUUUGUAUUUCUGGUUGCAAUGGAGAGGAUGCGGUCGUCAGGGGAGAUAUCGCAAGCCGAAUGGGGUCUGCUUGUCAAUGGGCUGGAUGGAGCAGUACCUAGAGAACGGGAGACUGUGUUUGAUGAUGCUAAUGAUAGCACUGUGAUUCCAGAGUGGCUUACUAAUGAGAUUUGGAUCAAGUGUGGUCACCUAGAGCAGUUGGUUCCAGCCUUCCACGGUCUGAGGCAAUCCAUGCUUCGUCACUCCAGCCAGUGGAAGGAAUACUUCUCCUGCAAACCCGUUCUCCUGGCUCCCGUGCCUGGCCCAGACCUUCAGAACCUCAGCUUCUGCCAGAAAGCGCUGCUGUGGCGGGUGGUCCUUCCCGACCGGCUGGCUGUGAUAUGCAGGCACCUCGUGGUCUAUGAGCUAGGAGCCCACACGGCACGUCCAGAGGUGUACAACGCUGAGGAAGUCCUGCAGAGAACCUCCAGGAAUAUCCCUCUGAUCUUUGUCCUUCCUGCAAGCUACCAUGAUGGGGAACAGACUGGAAUGGAAGGUCACACAGUAAUAGAUCCCCUUGCUGAGAUCACUCUCUACUGCAAGCAGAAGAACGUCCGCACUGUUAUCAACACCGUCUCGCUGGGCAAUGAGAAGCAGAUGAGUCAGGCUGUGGAUGCCUUGCAGGAAUGUGUCAUGCAUGGUCAUUGGCUGAUUCUCAACAACUGCCAGGCUGUCGACCAGUGGAGUGAAGAGUUCCUUCAAAUCAUCCAGCACCUUGUGACUCCUGCAACUAAUGUUGAUAAGACUCUGCCUGCCAAGCCUGUGGAGAAGACAAAGCGAGACGACUCCACAAUAACAGACACUACGUCCCAGGCAUCUCGUUGCCCGUCCAGUAUGUACGAGGGUAUGGAAGUCCAUUCUAACUUCAAGCUUAUCUUCAUCACUACGGCUGACAGCAGGACUCCUCUUCCUGGGUUAGUGAUUCAGAAUGGUAUGCAGGUGGCUUGUCAGACCAAUACUAACUUCAAAGCAACACUGAGGACCUUCUUCAACCAAGCCAUGGCUGCCGUAGAUCAACAUAAACACAUGGUUACCACUACACAGGCCAAGAGUUUGACCGAGUUGGUGUUCUGCAUGGCCUUGCUACACACUGUGCUCUCACAUAGAAGGCUGUUCUAUCAACUUGGCUUCAACAAAGACUACUCAUGGGGAGUAUCAGACCUGAAGGCUAUGAUGUCAUGUCUUAAUUGGUGCAACAAAGGGGAAUCCCCCUGGCAGAGCAUCCAGACUCUGAGGACCUUCAUCAGUCACCUGGUGUAUGGUGGUCAUGCUGACAUCUUGGAUGACGCUGAGAUUGUGGAUUCUUUGAUUGACAGCUUGCUCCAGCCAUGGGCAAGUCUCAAGAAAAUGCCCUCUUCCAUGGGAGCCGAAUCUCUUCUAGCUUCUCUAGUGACCGAGAUGAGUCGAGGGAGGCGCUCUGGUAGCUCCGGUGCUAACAUGGUCGCUAGGAGAUUCCAGCAUCUUUUCAAUACGAUGCAGGAUGAUGUGGAGCCGGCUCAUCUUGGGUUAGCACCCAAUGCACAGAAGCUCCAAGAGAAAAGAUCAAGCAGAUAUCUCUCUGAUGCUCUCCAAGCUCUUGAACGUUGUAGACCUGUCCAUCAAACCUGGUGUUGCCAGGCCCUUCCUAAGCUCCUCCUCUCCCUGGAGGAAGAACUCUCAUGUAUCCCACCGCUGCCACCUGCAUCUCCAGAAUCCCUCAACCAUCUCCAGAACUUCAUCUCCGCCGAGAUCUCCAUCCUGUCCAGUCUCCUUGACCGCGUCCAGACCGAUCUUGACCUCCUCCUGAAGGCGGUCGUAGGAGAGGCAGCCCUCGCGCCUGACGUCCAUGACAUCCUCACCGCUCUCAGCCGCAACGUCAUCCCCAGCAGGUGGGACCUCCUUCGGGGUGGUGUCCCACCGAGUAGGACCUUGUUGCCGGACUGGAUGAAGGCGUUGAGGAAGACGGUGGAGGCCAUGCGUGGCUAUGUGGAUAUGGGUGAAGCGGUGGCACCGUACUACAGACUGGAAUCCUUUUCUCAUCCUAAGGCGUUCAUGGAUGCUGUUAUGCUGGAACAUGGGAGAAAGGAAUAUCUGGAACUACACCAGCUUCAGAUGAACAUUGAGGUUACAGGCAUGGAGAAAUGCCCAUUGAAGGCCCCUGCCCAAGGGGUCUACCUGUUGGGUCUUGCCCUCCACAACGCAAACUGGGACCCCAAACGGUCUCUCAUCCAACUUCCCAACUCCACCUCUCCAUCCCACCACUCUUCUCCUCUCCCUGUUGUGUGGCUCAAGCCCACAGCCAUCGAGCACCACACACCGACAGGAAGUGAGAAGGGAUCACCACUCUCUGUCUACCCUUGUCCAGUCCACAUUGGAGAUGUGCGCACAGAGGAGCUUUACAGGAGCGAGGCAGUAUUGAAGGUUGAUCUGGCCUGCACGUUAGAUUCCAACAUGUGGAAACUGAAGAGAGUCUAUGCUACGUCUUCAUGAACAUAUCUCCAUUGAAGCAAGGAAAACCAUACCUUUCUUAUGAUAAUCUAUUAAUUUUACAAUAUAUAUGUAGAAUGAGUAAUUAAAUAAUCUUGUGUGCAAGUAAUACAUCAAAAUGUUGUAUAACAGAAAGUAAGAUAUCAAAAACAAAAGAUUUAACAUUGUUUUGAAUGAAACAUCGUACAGUAGAAGGCUGUAUAAUGGAAAAUUAUAUAGCAUAAAUGAAGGUUCUGACAUUUAAAAAAAUGAGAACUUGGUUAUAUAAAUAUCAAGGUUGAACAUUGUAUUUUAAUUACCUAACAUGAGACUUCUCCAAAAUGAGUUCCAUAUAAUUAUACUAUAAUACAAUAAUAACAAUAUUUAGCAAUAUUAAUGAUAAAUGUUUCUAAGCGCUGCAAUUACUCAGUGUACAUCUACAAGACUGUACUAUGAUUAAGGGAGAGCUUUGUUUGCACUGCACACACUAUGUAUGUGUACUUGGUAAAUGAAUAGCAUCUAAUGACAUGUAAACAUUACUUCAGUUGUUCUUGAGAUACUGUAGUAGUAUUGGUUUAUGAUGUCAUAAUUAUUUAAAUACAAAGUAAUGGUAAGGGAAAGUGAAGUAUGUGAUGCAUUCAAUCUUGUGACAAGAAUAUUUAAUCCAUCAUAAUCAUUCCUCUACACAUUAAAAACAAAAACCAAGACUCCAUUCUGUCUACACAUUCCGUCCAAGUUUAUGCGUAUUCAAUAGCACUAGUACUAUAUAUACAUGUAUAUCCUAUUUAAUACAUUUAUAAAAUCGAAUAGAAUCUGAUGCAAAAUGCAACACCUUGACAAUACAGUGACAUCAAAAAUAAAUUAUAUCAGAAGCAAAAUAUGCAGAUGUACUUGUUGAAAUUGUACUAAUUUUUCAUUUAGAUAAUACAUUCUAUUGAUUUCCAUGUACAGCACACGUUUGUUGAAUUUGAUGAUUUGAUAAUGAACCAUGAACUAUUCCAUCCAUUUUUGUACAUAUCUGUAUAGAACAUUGUAUAUCAAAACUUACAUGUGUAAAAGCUUGACAAAGUGCCAUUCAUACACCUUAUCUUAGGAAAAUGUAAAUCUGAAGUGUUGUAUGGUAUUGUGAUAUAUAAAGAUUAUUUUAAUUCAUUCAAUAAAGCUUUAUACAACAAAAGUAUUCAAUUAUUAUGAAGCAAGUGAUGAAAAGUAACAGAUUCAUAUAUAAUCAAAUAGAUAUGUAUAUACAAGAAAUAACUAGUUUUUAUUAAUAUACUAACUGUGAAAUGACAUGCCAUUUGCACCGUUCACUGUAUGUUAUAUCAGUGACACAUGAAAAUAUGAGUAUGAACAUGCAGUCUAUCCCACCAAUUGAAAGAUAAUUUUAUCUGUCUAUUUGCUUUGCUAUCUUUGUAAAUUAAUUCUUUCAAGUGCAGUUAAUUGGUUACUGUAAUUACAAUACUUUGUUAAGAAUCAUUUUGAAGAUAGUAUACCAGUGAAAAUGGAAGUUGGCUAUUGUUAACACUGUGUACAUUUGUAAAUACCAUAUGGAAUUGCAUAGUGAAAUGAAAGUGUGAUUAUACAUGGUUUACAAUAUGUCAGUGUAGCUAUUGCAGGUAUUUAUUUUAGAGUAUAUAAGUAUGGAUGUUAUGAGAAAAAGGGGGGAAAGAUCCCUCACACACAAAGCACUAGCUAUAAGUCUUUCUAUAAAAGUGGUCAAUGAUUGUACAUACUAAGCUUGACGAAAACAUUCCAUCCAUUUCAUCUAUGCACUUCUUUCCUGUUUUUAGCUUUUUUUCCUGUAAGAUAAUUCAGAAAUAUAUAAUGUGUGCCUAUACAUGUAUAUAAUAGCACUUGGUGUUUAUAUACUGUGAAAGUGUGUCGAUUGUUGUGUGAUAAUAAACCUAAACAUGGUAAGAUCCGA